UAUGGUAUUCCUAACAGGCAAUCACAUGAGACACCUCUACAUGGUAAGCUUAGGGCCCUUAGCAGUCUCUAGCAGCAACACCCUCCAAGAUGGCAGCCAACAGUAGCAGCACGAUUAGCAAACCCAGCAACAGUACCGGGGGAAAACAGUCUGGGCCGUCGGCUGAACAGGUAGGCCUAUAUAACGAGGCUUUUUCCAACUUUGUUCAAUCUAAUGUUGUGGCUGCUUUCCAGAGGAUGCGCUCUGAGCAGCGUAACAUGGCCUCCAAGGCUGCAGAGCUGGAAAUGGAGAUUAAUGAACAUAGCCUGGUCAUUGAGACCCUAAAAGAUGUAGACCCAACAAGGAAAUGUUUUCGGUUGGUGGGUGGAGUCCUCGUGGAGCGCACAGUUAAAGAAGUCUUACCUGCUCUAGAAAGCAAUAAAGAACAGAUCUCAAAGAUUGUAGAAUCCAUCAACACACAGAUGCAGUUAAAAGGCCGGGAGCUCACAGAGUACAGAGAAAAAUAUAACAUCCGAUUGGUUGGAGAAGGGGAGGAUGGACAGGGCAAAUCGUCAGCAUCCUCCAAUGGGGGCGAAGGCGGUGGCUCUAAAGGUGGCGCUGGUGUUCUAGUUUCAUAGCUUUCUUUGUAGAGGUUUCAGUAAGAUAGGAAAUUGUGCAAAAUGCUAUGAAGCAUCGAUUUGGCUCCAAUCCUGAAAUGAGUUUUACGUGUCUUGCAUGAAGAAGUUUAUAUCAACCAAUCUCACAAGGGCCAGAUUCUCAAGACCAUUCAGUCUGCAUCAACAUGCUCUCCUUUGCUCUUUAUUCUUUGAGUGUUUAGUUAAGCAAAAGAAGCCAACAUUUCUUGCUCCCUGGUUUAUUUUCUCUGUUGACAUAAGCCUUUUGACUUACUGGAGGCAUUGUUUCAUGUAAAUCAUGCCUUCCUGAAGACCAGACACUGUAUUGUCCAAGUCACUUUUGCUUAAAUGUUUAUUCAUAUUAUAUUGCAGGGAGAGGCGACUUUUGUCUUGGAGGGCAGUACAAUCUUUUGGUUUUGCCAGUUAUGUGCACUUGCCACAUGUCCAAUGUCUAAAUUAGAUCUAUCAGUCCCCCCCCCCCCUCCAGAACCUACUUCUGUGCUGUGGCCUGUCAUAUUUUAAUGAACAUUAGGAUUUUGUUGGAGUCUUUUUUUAGGUUGACCUCUGGGUGCCAUUAGAUAACACAUUUUGAAAUGUCUUAAAUGCUCUGAAAAGGAAAUAUGCCCUGAUCCUCUGUUUUAGAAAAUGUGUGUAUCCAAAAAGGCAACCUAUUCCCUAGAAAGUGCGCAGCUUUUGAAAGAGUGCCAUCUUGUACAAAUAAAAACAAAGUUUGACAGAGCAAAUGCCCCCAAAGGAUCUGAAGCACACUGCCCUAGUCUACAUUAACUUUCACCUUGUAGUUAUUUGGAGAAUUUUUGUUAAUGUUUAUGAAUUAAAAAAAACAAUGCAAAAUG